AUGAAAACCGGAAAUUUUCUUUUAACUCCCCCCUCCGCCCCUCUCGCCCCCAUCCGUGAGGAUGGCUGGGGAGCCGCGAGGCUCCUAGCACAGCCGGGGCUCAGUCGCCUCCCCUCUCUCCGGAAGGCUUUAAUUUGCACACUUGCUGGCCGGCCACCGCGCAGAGUCCCCCGGGCCCGGCAGCCGGGUGGGUCUCCAGCAAAGCAGGCUCGCGGGUCUCCGCCCAGCCCCGCCCCGCCCCGAGCGGCGGCCGCCCCCGCCACCUCCCCGGCUCGGGCCCCCCAGUCCCGGCCGGAGCCCCGAGGCCCCCGACCGCCCCAGCGAGCCGCGCGGGCGGCGCCCUCCGCCGUCCCUCCGCCCUCCGCCGCUGUGCCCACCCCCUUGCGGGAGAGUGCGCAGCGGACUGCGUCCCCAGUCGGGUUACCUGCUCCGCGCGCGGUGGACACGUGCGGAGGUCCGACGGACACUAGCGGCCCCUCGGGAGACCCGACGCGACUGGGCCCUCAGGUACAAGGCUUGUGGGCUGAGACGCGCUGGGGCAGAGACUAUGUAACCGCCUCCGUGUCGGUGUCGAGGACUUGGCUUCGGGGAGGGCAGAGGAGGGAUCGGUUCGCUCCUCCGGCGGCAGGCGGAGUUUCGCGGCGGCACCAGGGUUGCGCCAGCCAGCGAGGAGGUCGCUCCAUCCAGCCGCGGCGGCCGCCAAGAGCCCCAGCACCGGAGCUCCGGAUCCGGCGGGGCGAGGGCGAGCGAGCCCGAGUUCCCCCGGAGGAGACGAGCGAGAGCGAGCGAGCUAGCGAGCGCACCCCUGCCCGCCCCAGCGGCGCCGCGCCGGGCGGUAUGGAGAAGGACGGCCUGAGCCGCGCCGACCAGCAGUACGAGUGCGUGGCAGAGAUCGGGGAGGGCGCCUACGGGAAGGUGUUCAAGGCCCGCGACUUGAAGAACGGAGGCCGGUUUGUGGCUCUGAAGCGCGUGCGGGUGCAGACUGGCGAGGAGGGCAUGCCGCUCUCCACCAUCCGCGAGGUGGCGGUGCUGAGGCACCUGGAGACCUUCGAGCACCCCAACGUGGUCAGGUUGUUUGAUGUGUGCACAGUGUCACGAACAGACAGAGAAACCAAACUAACACUAGUGUUUGAACAUGUUGAUCAAGACUUGACCACUUACUUGGAUAAAGUUCCAGAGCCUGGAGUGCCUACUGAGACCAUAAAGGUACUGAGAAUCUUCUUUCUGCCUGAUCAGGGAGCCCACUAUUAUAAGUCUACAUACUGAACAGUGGCAUUCCUUAUGAAAAUUGCCAAAA